AUGCGGUUCAGCAAGAAGCUCGUAGCUUUGGCUCUGCUUGGAGUCGCUGCGAUUGGCAAGUGCAAUGCUAUGGACGGUGAGGAAGGCUCUCGAGAUGAAAGGAUUCCCGUGACGGACGACCCGCGCAGUGUGCAUUACCAGCCGGAACCCGUGCCUGCACCGGCGGAAGGAUCGCAUUGGCGACCGUCUUCCCCUGCGCCGGCACCUUCUCGAGCGGAGGCGGUGCAGCUGUAUCCGUUCAGCGCGGAUGAUCGACCUUGGACGCUCUCUCACGUACAGGCGGUUGCUUCGAGCUCGAGCAACAUGCCGGCCAGCUUUCAGAAGCCGCGAGUUUAUUGGCAGAUAGGCCGCUUCACCACGGGCGACGGAAGGUCGUACGGGCCGUAUAUGAUCGGAUCAACGCGAUUCUUACUCCAGCCGUAUCCUCUGGAUAUCCCCGUGCUGUCCAAGUUCUACGCUCAGCCCGGAUGGAUACCGACGGAUUUCGAGCGUUUCGGCGGUUCGCUUUCACACAUGCUGGACACCUGGAUCUUUCGACCCGAGCCGGGCAUCUUGCGCCUUAUUCGGCACCAGCUGCACGUCAUGCUCAACAGCGCUGGCUUGCGACCUGGACUCGUAGGUAACCAAGGGCUCACGGAGGGCGAAUACCUGUGGCCACCGCUGGGAAUGCGGGCGUACGGAGUUGCGGUCUAUAUGCCCACGGCCAACGGCGAUCGUCUUUCGUCGGCUGUCGCACGCGAGCUUGCAGCACAUAGAUUCCAGGCACCCCGAGUGUUCCGAUUGGAGAUACCGCUGGGAUCAUACAGCCGUUACAUCCUCAUGACGCCGGUGGCUUCGGGACACUUUACGCCUGUUGCUGCAGCGGACGUACCCAAUUCGGAGUUCUGGGUGUUUCACGAAGCCAUGGUCGGCGGAGGAGUGAGGACGCCGCAGUACAACAUGGCGCUACUCGGCGGCAUGUUCUUGCCCAAACGCGCCACGACAAUGCUCGGACGCGGGCAGGAGAAAUUUGGUCCAGACCCUGGCCUGCUGCGCGGGCCGGCGGCGGCACGAGGACCAGCAGAUGAUGCCUUGUGGCCUCCCCAGUCCAGCUUCAGUCGUGGCGACUCGCAAGAUGUCCAGUCCGGUCGUCGGCGUGCUCUCCACCGCCUCCUGUCCGACUCGAUGCAGCAGCAACGGUUCGACGCGAUGACAAACGACUGUCAGGUGGCAGGCGAGGCGGAGAUGCGAGGGCAACCUCCAAUGCUUCCGAGUGCGGCGUCCACUCGGCCAACGCACAUCACCUCGCGUCUCCCGCCCAUCCCAUCUCUCCAGCACAAAGGCCGUACAAAUCGAACGCGGUCGCCGUCCCGCGGCUACAAGGAAGGCGACUGGCGCGCCAAACCGAACUUGCCCUCGUCCAACACGCUCCAGACCUUUCUUACCGUCACCGAGGCGGACCACGACGGCCAGGACAACCAUGAGCACCCACACCACCACCAUGGUCACGACAAAGCGGACAUGCACCACUCAUCAGAGCCGGGGCAUGGAUGGCGUGUUCGCAAAACGCCCAUCUUCAGUGGCAUCGUGGCGCCGUUCUCGAUCAUGCUCGAGGUGCCCGGACUGACGUCCAAGUGGUACGCCAAGAUCGACGCCGAUGGCAUCGUGGAGCGCUUCAUCGAAAAUCCGACCAUCAUCACCGUCGGCCUUGCCAUAUCGCUCGGUGCUGCGGUCGUGGCGAACUUCGCCAUCGUCGCGCGCUUCCUCGAAUUGCUCCGACCGCGUGUGAGCAUCGCCCUGGCUAUUGCUGGGUUUGUGCUGCACGAUGUGAUCAACGUCAUUGCGCUCGCUACGUUCGGAGGCAUCUAUGGGCCAAAGAAGGACGGACUCAGCUUGAGUGCGGCUUAUUGGAUGGUGUGCGCCUCGACGAUCACCUCGACGCUCGUGACGAUCAGUCUCAUUAUGGACUAUGUGCGCACCAACGACUUCCGCCACGCUGGGUCUGGAUUGACCCAGCUGCAAAAGGGGCUGGUGCUUGCUGUGAUGGGGCUGCUCCUGUACCUCUCGCUCGGCUCGCUUGUGUUCGUGUUCGUCAUCGGGAUCGACUUUAUCACUGCGCUGUACUUCUCCACCGCUACGGUGCUGACUGUAGGCUUUGGUGAUGUCGUACCAGCAAGUCCGGGUGGCAAGAUUCUCGUGAUCAUCUAUGCGCCGGUGGGCAUUGUGCUGGUAGCGCUCGUCGUGUCCGCUGCACGCAGUGCGAUCCUCGAGACAUUCCAAGCUGCGCUCUUGGCUCGCAACAAGGAGCGUCGCCGACGUCUGGCACAGCGAAAGGAGGCGCGGCGCCAACACAAGCGUCAGGAUCGAGCCAUCCGCCGCAUCAUGCCUCGCACCUUCACGUUUGGACCCGGCACUUCGGACGCUAGUGGGGCUGCUGGUGAUGAUGGCAAUGACUUUGCAGAGGCACUCGCGCGCAUGGAGAAGCAAGCGGCCACGCCGGACGUCGAGCACGACACCACCACCGAGCGUGCCAAGACGGCGUCUUCGGACAGCGCCACCGCUGCAUCCGACGAUGCUAUGCGCCAGGCUCGCGGGUCUGAAAAGUCGGCUGCAGCUACCGCGGGCGACCCCACUCUGCAGCGCGAGAUCAGCGCCCUGCAGCACGAGCUGCUCGUAGCCAAGCAACGCACCGAGCAAGACUUUCGGCAGUUUGAAGAGCAUUUGCGUCACGAAGCCAUCGUCGCCGCACGCACCAAGCUCGUGCUGGCCGCCUCGGUCACCUGGGCCUUCUGGCUGCUGGGAGCGGUAGCUUUCACGUAUGCAGAGCGUUGGAGCUACGGCGGAGCCAUGUGGUUCUGCUUUAUCGCCAUGAUCACCAUCGGCUACGGCGACUACCAUCCGUCGACGCAGCUGGGGCGUGCGAUCUUUGUGAUCUGGGGCCUGAUGGGCGUGGCGGUGCUGACGAUCCUGCUGGCAGUGGUGCAGGAUGCGUUCGGCAGCAUCUUUCACCGCGUACUCACCAAGUCGACCUCGCGCCUGUUUCAUCGGGCCGAAGCGAGGGCGCACAAGCGCAGGCUUCGAAAGCAGCGCGAGAGCGCAGCGCAAUUGCGUAGCGAGGUCACGGAGGAUGAAGAGGAUGUCGAGGGAAGAGCCGUUGCGGUACGUGCCAAGACGAGGCCAUGGCGCCAUCCACAGCGCAACAGUGAAGGAGACGCACCGCGGUCCAAGUCGAAGCCUGCCCAGAAGAAACGCCGGAGCAUGGAGGCAUGCGUCGAUCGACCUGCUCUCGUGCUGGACCGACAGACAUCCUCGCCCGAAGCGCUGGAGCCGAUCAUCUUGGAUGCAGUCGAAUCGCUGGACAUGCCCAGCUACAUGCUUGAGCCGUCCAGCGGGGCAGACGUGAUCACGUUUGCAUCGGGCGAGGUGACGUUGCCAGCCGGCUCGGCAGCGCGCAUGGAGGACACGCUGGUGUCGACGCCGCAAAAGCUUGCGCUUGCAGCGCUGCAGACGUUCCAGCACUCGGUGCGCGUGAUGCAGCUCAACGAGUCGACCAUCUCGCAGGCCAUGACCGACGUGCCUGCACUACGCAACUACUACAACUCGCGCCAGCGCACCGUUUCGGUCUCGUCGGGCUCUUCCGCCAAGCCAACCCCGCCUGCCGCACCCGACGAUGCCGAGCAGGCGCUGCAAAAGCUGCACGCGUCGAUCCAGCAGACCGCCAAUCCCGAGUACGAAAAAGUGGCCAAGCUGGUGGUGGCGAACCUCGAAUUUGAGCAUCAUCUGCGCCUGCUGCUCGACCAGUUCCAGGGGCUCAAGGAUCGAGUCGAAGGAUUCAAGCAGACCCAGCUGGAGCGCACACGCACCGUCGGCGCCGACAGUCAAGCUAGCGCCUAG